GAGUCUAAAGAGUCCGAUGUGUUAGCAGCCUUUCACGCAGAACAAAUAACUUACCUCGAGAAGAAGAAAACUUCCCAAAAAAGGAAGGGUCAAGGAAGGGACGAACAGGUAAUCAAAUGUUUUAUUUAUGUCAAAGUUUUUAUCACUUAUGGACAGGCGCGGAUCUAGAAUAAAUUCCUACCGAUUUCAUCAACGAGUGCCGAAAGUGCAAGCUUCUAGGGCGGGGGUUUCGGGGGCAUGUUCCUCAGGGAAAAUUUUUGGAUUUAAAGUUCCCAAAGUCCCCUUUCCGGGUUUUCUGAGCCAUUCAGACCGAAUAUUUACUGACUGUCUAAACCACUUUCUAGAUUUCAACUUUUAUUAUUAUUAUUAUUAUUAUUAAAUUAUUAUUAUUAUUAUUAUUAUUAUUAUUAUUAUUAUUAUUAAAAAUAUAUAUGAAAAAUAUACUAAUUAUGACACUGAUCUGACCGAUAUCCGUAAAACGGUGGAAACCGGUGUGGAUCCGCGCUGACUGAGUGAUGUUGUACCUGUUAUAUCCCGCUCUUUGCGCAAAUGUCAAGUGGAUCUGUUGUUAACCAGAAACAAGGUCAUUACUUUAGACAUUGGCCAGACAUUGACUGUAAAAGCAUUUGUACUAAUUGAUGCUUGUUGAUAGUUGUGUGCUGAAAGCCAGUGUGUCAAGAAACUCACCUGGACGAUCAUAUUCCCCCGACUCAUGCAUGACUUGACACUUUUGUUGCCACCUGAUUUUUCAUGUAGAAUCUAACACUGCUGGCAGACUUUCAAGCCAAGCUUUUUCAGUCCAACGAAGAAGAAGAAGAUCAAGAAGAAGAUAACGACAACGAAAAUGAAAACGAAGAGAGAGAUGAUACUGGAUGGUAAGUAACUUCUCUAUAUUUUGCGAUCGUUGACAUGACCCCGCUCCCCUUGUUAUCCCGAGGCAGCUUAGUCCCCGGGCGUUCUCGGCACGGUCAAUCCUGGACUUUUCCGUGAGCUGUGACGUCACCAAGGAGACUUUCCCAGACUUCGCGCGGACAAUGGGGCAAGAGAGGGCGCCUAGGGACCAGGCUGAUCCCGGGGAAAACCCAAACGUUUUUAAACGACGCAUAUCAACCGUAAGUGGAAUUUGUUUGGAUUCUUGGGCAGUGGUUUUACCAAAAUUUCGGGCAAAUCUUCCCCAUGGGUAACGAAACUUAGACAUUCAGGCUGCAGUGGCGGAUCCAGGGGGAGGGUGCGGGGUGUCCGAAUUCCCCCCCCCCCCAUCAGACCUGACCCUUGUUUGAGACUGAAAUUCUUAUAUCGCCAGAAUCGUAUAUAACUUUUUAACUGGCUAAUUUUUUUAAAGAAACGCGCGUUGCAUUUUGCAGCUAGACUAAAUUCCAGGGAUGUUCAAGAAUGUAAUUGUUUUUGGGUACCCUCCUAUGAUCUGUUCGCGUCUUCUUACAAAGCAGUAUUUCCUGCGCCAAUGGCGACCGGCGUUUACAGAUUGAGAAACACGUGGUCGUCUCUUUGAGAAGUGAUUUGCCACAAAGAGUUUAACAGUCCUUUCUGAACCAAUGUUUGGAUCUACUCCGGAGAAAACUUCCUGGAUCCGCCCCUGAAAUGGGUAGCGUCGAGGCCUUCAACUGAAAAUGAAAAAAGGUACUCACUUCCAGUUAGCGUGAGUCGCUCAACAUGUCCAGUGUUAAAUUUAACUGUAAAAGUUGAGUGGCUGGAGAAUUAAAAGUUUAGGCGCGCGCCAUCACAUGGAGUGUUGCAGAUUGUAGACACAUGCCGUUACGCAAUGUUGCAAGAGCGGAAGGAAAUUCUACAACUAAAAUGUUGCUCAAUUUCAAGGGUGGACACAAGAUGUAAAUAAGCAAUUGUGACAACGCCCAUAAGGCGCUGGAAUAUGUAAUAGUUAAACGCGCUUGCUUUAGGAGUCUUUUGGGUCAUGCGCCGUUGAACGAGGAAAUAUGUAUGAAAAGAUAGGCUUAAACUAGUGUGAAAUAUUUUAUUCCAGGAUGUUUCAUUCUCUGAAGUGUGAGCCUGAACUGAAGAGAGCAAAAGAUGCAUCUAUUGAAGACGAGGACACGUUUGAAAUAUUCGACCCACGAAACCCCAUAAACAAAAGAAGAANCAGUCCUCUCUCAAAAAUCGGAGAAAAUGCGUUUGGUGCGCACUUUCUGCAGCUCUACCGCAAAAACGAGUACGGUGACCCCCAUUUUUUAUUUCAUGAUUAUAAUAAGGACAGUGCAUCCUUUCGAUGAGAAAAAAAUUGGCACAAAUCUAUGUUCAGUUUUUUGGUAAUUUUACUAAAUUGUACGGAUUGAGCUAUCACGGGUCGAAAAGCGCGCGUCCAAUUUAAUUCUACUUUGGAGCGCAAAGUAAAAACAAGGGCAUUAAAAGGCAUUUUUCUGGUACGUAAGAGGAUAAACAAUACAUUAAAGUCAAAUUCUGUGUGAUGUCACAUGCAUCAUCGAAAAAAUCCCUCAUUUUUGUCUAGUUUUGCGCUGCCCGCGGUUUUUGUAGAAGGGUCCUAAAUAGCCGUAUUUGUCAGCAUUGUGACGUCAAAACGAGCACGGUGACCCCCACUUUUUAUUACUUUUUUAUCAUCUUCUUGAGUUGUUACAUCAGUGUACCAAGUUUAAGCUAAAAUCUAUGUUAGGUUCUUUUACUAUGGAAUCACCUUAAACUCAUAGGUGUCGAGACGACACGUUGCAUAGCAACAUUUUUCACGUGAUCUGCUGGCUCAGAUAAUCUCAAGCCUUUUAGCGAAAACAACAUACAUUUUUCCUCUAGCAAAUUUACGCUGUUAAAGACACCGAACUCUUUAUCGCCUACCACAACCUAAAGCUUUCUAUGAGAAAAAACUUUUGUGGCAUUUUUUUUGGCAUAACAAUGGAUUUUUGGUAAGAAUUACUUUUCCUUCUGGGCAGCUGCCCAGAAAAAAGUCUUCUCUAAACCCAAAAUUUUAAGUUGGAAGGGUGUUUGUUUUGACUACGGCUGUUUGGCUGCUAUCUUUUAUAGUUAUUCUGGAGCAGCAGUCUGCCUAAAAGAGAACAACUUGGGAUCCCAUAUUCGCAGCUUGCAGGAAGGAUGCAUGUUAAAGAUGUUGGGUAUUCACCUUUCUUUUGUGAAAAUCUUUAAAAGCGACAAUUUCAUUGGUAAAUAGUAGCCUUCAGCUGAUUGGCUGAAACUUUGGUUGUUAUAGGCGCUCAUCCAGCUUAUGUUGCGAUUUCUUAAGAUGUCAAACUUUAUCCUUGAUUAAACAAAGCGGUUGAUUUCCUGUCUAAAGCCAUAAUUCUUCAGGAAGACUAUCUAAAUAUUAGUCAUUUGGUUAGUCAAGUAAACAGUUCUACUUAAACAAAUACACUUCUUGUGAAAUCUAAAUGUUUGUUUAAUAAAACUGCCCGCUCAUAUUAUAGCGGCUUUUGUGACCGCAGCCGAACUACUUUAAACCAAAAGCAAUUCGUAGAUGUUAUCUUUAAAACCAAAUAAGGUUAUAAUCAUAUAUUUUUUUCCUUACUGUUGAAAUCACUGAAUUGCUUGAAUUUAUCUAUUUGUUUGGAAUGCAUGGGUAUUUAAAGGUUUAAGAUGCCUUUGUGUCACUGACGCGAAUUUUGUUAAGAUUUUUUUCACCCACCCAGUUCGCAGCGGUACAAAAUAUAUAUAAGCGAUCACAGCUUUCACGUUUGGGUGUUUGCGGCUCAAUUCUGAUUUGCGGUUGGUGUCCUAAACUUUAUAUUUGUAAGCCGUAUCUCGAAAACAACGAUUUCUUGUGAUGCUUUUUUUUCGUUUACAAAAUGGAAUCACCAACUGUUUUCAAUUACGCGCUUGGUCAUUUUAAAGGAGUCAGAAAGGUUAAAAUAACAAAUCGGGUUUAAAUUUGCGAGGUAAUUGUCGAUAAUUUGCGGUAAUAGAAAUGGUUCUACGGUUAUGACAUUACUUCUUGCUGAGAAAUACAUUUAAAUUUAAAAACCAGUCGUAAUAACAUUGCAGUGAAUUCUCCUUUUUUUGAACUCCUCGAUGCGGCCGACACCAUAUCGGUCUGUUACUGUCAAUGUCUUACACUUCUCUUGACGAACAGAGUGAAUUUGAGGGAGAUUUGGGAAUAUAUACUUAUCGAACGAAAUACAGGAUAUCUAAGGGUAGGAGGGGUGGGGGUUUCUACAUUCUGGUCUUUUUAUUCUCUCAUCGAUCCAUCUCUUUUCCGCCGUUCGCUUUUCGACAUUGAUUUCUUUCUUCGCCCUCGCCGGCAGUGUUCCUUCGCCGUCUUCCCCCGUCUCUUCAAAAUGAGAGGGUCUUUAGCCUUCCUGCAAAACUUUACCCUGCGAGUGUGGGAGCUUCGUUUUGUUCUUUGUUCUCUGUAUGCAGCUGCUUCCCCAGUUCUCAACGCCACGUGUUUUCUCGAGACGCGUGCCGCGCCACACGCAGUCACACGCUUUGUGUUAACCAAGUGUUUCAAAUGGGUUGCUCAGGUAUCGAUCAGAUGUUAACGUAUCGGUAAGCUGUGGAUAUAUAAAAAAUUUCCAAUUACCAGACGUAUUCUCCCCUCUAGAAAGACUCGCCAUGAGAAAGUACAGUUUAACAAUGGGGUCACAGUUAAAACGGACAUCCUGCUAGCUCUCCCGUUCCUAAGAGAUUAAAAUUCAAAGAGACCUUAGUAAAGCUCAGGUCGUUGAGAUUUAUUCCCACGUAAAAAAGGCCGUUUGCCGACGUUGCCGAAAACUUCCUUAUCCUUCAGUCUGCGAUCUUUUCAAAGCGGCAUUUCACUUGCUACUUUGUCGCAUAACAAUGACCGGAUAUUUCAUGCCGCGAUCAAACAUUCAAAGCAAGAAAAUAUUAUUCUUCUCACUUUAUACCUCCAAGCGAACAAUACUUGGCCUUUCAGUGAGAUCAGGCCAUGAUAAGAAACGGAAAUUACUGUUUUUAUAAAGGAUUAAAAAAGCUAAAAAACCUUUUUCUCUCUACUCACCGCUCAACUCAACACAAAAUUCAUCUGCCGACUUGGCGGUUUACGUGUUUUUUUGUUCGGGAUAAAAUGAAAAACAGAACAGCGCAAACAAAAAGAAUUUCUCCUUCUUUGCUAUUAAAGGCUUAUAAAAAAAGUCACACUUCUGUUGUCUGCGAUAUAUUUGAAAGGGAAUGAUUGUAAGUUAAUUUUAGUACUUAGACAAAACAAGCGAAGUAAUUAUAGGUGGGAAGCGUGCUCGCCUCAAAAUAAAAAAAGUUUAACAUUGUUCUUUUUUGGCAGCUUUUAUUUCCUUCUGACGAAAAGUAUCAUUAAAAAACAAAAAGUUUUGUUUCCUUGUAUCUUUUAGAAUUACAAGAUGCCGUCUUACAAAAAGGCAGGUUGUUUAAUAAACAAGAAAAUCCAAGACCACUGCCAAACGGAUAACAACGUCUAUUGAAAACAUUUUCAAACGAUAUUUCGACUGGCCAGACCAGCCUUCUUCGGGGUUACAACUUUGCAGUUGUCUUUUGACUUCUCGUUUUUUUAUCAAUAUAUAUUUUUAGCUGAUUAGAUCUCUUUUCUUGAGAUCCAACCAGCUGACCACCGGCAAGAUCUUCGUCCACGGAUUUUUGCAGUUUACUUCUUUAAAUUAUUUUAUGUCUGUUUUAGAUUCCCGUAUUUAUUUUUUACGAAACUAAAUGGGACACGACGUUGCUUAUUAGAUAUUGUAUUUUAAUGACUGAUCGAUUACAAAAAAUGAUUGGUAAACUAAACAAAAGGACUUAUCUUUUUGUUGACUUGAAACUUUUGUUGUCUUUGUAGCAAAGAGAUCAUUACACCUGGAUAAGUAAAUCGCGAAAGAAUUUUUUGUUUCAGGUUUUCCUUAGCCACAACUGUACGUUGAUGCAAAUAUUCUCCUGAAAAUACAUGCAAUUAACUGUCACUUUUGAAUUUGCCGCUCUGCUCUAUAGUCAGUUGUUUUAGGGAGGACACGAGUUUCCACUUUUGUAGAAAAUAUUCUUCAAUCCUUAGAUUUUCAGUUUCCUCGUUUCUAAGCUCGCGAAAGGCAUUUUUCAGUCCCAUUUAAUUCUUCUAGGCUGUGUGUUUAACAGUUUUUACGGUGGAUAUAGGUUACUGAAUUCUUAAAGAGGAUUAGAUUUUAGAGAUUUAACGGAUUUUUUUCUCAGCGAUUUUUGUGCCUAUUCACAAGUGGGUGACCGCCCGCCUAUUUCAACAUGCGUACUUGUCUUCUCUCAUACACCACAUGACAAGAUGACGAGCCCAAAGAUGACGCCAGUAAGCUUUGAGAACAAAUUGAAAUUCCUUCCAUCUGCGUAAAUGGAAAAUGAAUCUCGCCUUUUAUCAACGUUUUGCUUGCUUGUCAACACUUGUGGUCUCAAAUGUUUCCCUUUCAUAUGUUACUUCUACAAUCACGCAUCCAACCCACGAAAUUUGCGCCAAGUUUAGUAACAGCGCAUCUGUUAAUAAUUUACUGUUGUUUGUUUUUGUUGGGCAUUCGGAGAAGUUUUUUCAUACCUCUUGUUUGUUAUUGUGUGGGUAUUAGAGGGAAUUUAACACCAAACUAAAGGUUAAUCGUUCCUCUUUCCGUUUCCUUCAAAACUGACGCGAUUGUUUUUCUCGCUUGAUGGUUCAGUGAUGAUGGCCUUCGCAGAAAACUUAAGUUUUGCUUCUUUUUUGUCGAUUUUUGGUUUGGAAUGCAUGUAAAAGUUAUUCAGUAAAAGCUUUAAGUAAAAAAAUUGGUUGUCCCUGGUUUGAGAUAGCAAAAGAUGCAUCUAUUGAAGACGAGGACACGUUUGAAAUAUUCGACCCACGAAACCCCAUAAACAAAAGAAGAAGGGAAGCCAGCAAAAAAGCCAUGAAAGAAAAACGCAGAUAA